CUGUUUUCACUGAAACGAACCUCAUUCCAUAGAAUUUUGACAUCGAAUAAUUUAUGCGUGGGAUUUCAGCUGUAGUAAACAAAGCGAAAUAAAGGGUUAGGACAAAAAGCAUUCCAUCAGAAAUGAUGAAGUUUGUGUUGGUUGGAAACCGGAUGGGAAAUGUUCGAUUUUGCCGAUCCUUUUGUAGUGACAACCUGAAGGCACGCUCCGCAAAAGAACAAGAGAUGCUACGAUUAUGUUUAAAAGAUCAGAAACAGGAAGGGUUUGUGGAAUACCAAGACACUAUGCUGAUUUACAGACUGUACACAAAUCUGAUCUUCGUUGCUGGAACAUCACUAACAGAGAAUGAACUAGCAGUGAUGGAAGUUUUACAGAACUUUGUCGAAACAGUCAUUAAGCAUUUUGAGCAAGUAUCGGAACAAGAUUUUGUUUAUAACAUGGACAAGAUCCACAUGAUCCUAGAUGAAAUGGUUGUUUCUGGCACCAUAGCAGAGACUAAUAAAUCAAGAGUGCUGCUCCCUCUCCAGCUUAUGGAUGCCACCAGAAGAUAGCUGUACUUUCUAUGACCAGCCUGUUACUUAAAGUGAUCAAAGAGGAAAUAAGAUAUUUCAGAUGAAGAAUGAUAUCGUAUUGCAUGUUGUCUGUCAUUCCUAAAGAGGUGUGACAUCAAAUAUCUUAAGCUAUUGUAAGACAUGGCAUCCAUUGCAGACUAAGUUUGAUCUUAUGGAUGUGAAGGGAGAGGCUUUCAUCACGGAGAAUAGAUGUAGGGAAGCCAAGCAAAGCCUUUCGAGAAGACAUGGAGUGAUUGAUUUAUAUUGAAUUGUGGUAAGAGAGUUAAAGCUUAAUGAAAUCUUUCCUGCAGUGGUGUGGUCUCAGAAAGGAUACAUUCUGUAGGUAGUGAUAAUUGUAUAGACAGGGAAUACAAGUUGGUCAUUGAGGAGCUUAAGGAGCAGAUGGCAAUGGAAAAUCAAGACAAAUUUUUACAAGUCCACUCCUUUAAUAACAGCUGACUGAUUUGAACUAGAUUUGGUAUGAAGCUUCCCUUCUCCCAAUGAAUUUGUAUCAUUAAUAAAAUAAUGAAAACCAAAGAUGAAGAUUGGAAAACAGUUUAGAUGAAAUUUUAUAACUCGUUACUGGUUUGUGCUAACUCUGAAUACAUUAUGAUCAAGGUCUUAUAAAAAAAAAUAUGAAAUGUUAAAGUAAUUGGUUACAUUAUUGACCUAGAGAGAUUUGUUAAGUCAUAUAUAAUGGGAAAAUAUGAUGUAAAUCUGUUUAUGGGUGUUGUAUGCAACUGCACACUAUAUUUGUUUAUACAUGUACAUGUAUAUGAUUAUAUCUGUGCUUGAAAAUAAUAUUUGUAAGUGAUGCUAAAUUUGAUAAUUUCCAAGAAAAAACGAAGUCUGUAUUGAUAACAAAUUUAUAGUGUAUUAUUUAUACCUCAUCACAGUACAGAGUGCAUACUAAAAUGCAGUCUUAUGAAAGAAAAUCCAUAUUCAACACUUCAUCUGAUUUAUCUUGUAGUAGCCUUACCUCCCUUUUAACUGUUGGAGAUAUUUCUGUUCUCAGGUAUAACUCUGUCAAUAUACAUAAGAGAGAAUAAUUGCACUACAGGUUUUGUAAUGAGGAUAUCGGUUAUUUACAAUUAAAGUUUUAAAAUACACUGUAUGUGUAUUUUUGGCCCCAAAGUGUUUGUCCAAUUAUCUUGUUGACAAGAUUUUAAAUCUAGCAAAUUUAUGACCCUGUUUUGGAAUGUGAGCAAUUUGAUCUAUUGUCUUGAUGGGUGAAAUCAAGGUGAACUGAACAGUGACCUGUCUGGUUCAUGAUAAAGCAGACAAGGUUAUGACUGGGGACACAUGACACAGAUUUCAAUAAAACGUUACUCCAUGUAAAAAUGUACCCUCUCUUUUAGACCAUGUGUAUCAUAUUUUAUUUAAACAAUGGCAUCACUUACUUAUUGUGACUGGUUUUAAAAUUUUAUCACAUUUAGUUUGUUGCUUACUGCAUUUUAUACAAUAUUUUUGUAGUAGUUUAAGUGCACAGUUUAUCAAAAGCUUGAAACAAUUAUGAUGUAUUUAUUCAUCAAACGAACUUGAUUGAUGUUAUUUUUUUCUCAAUAUUUUAGAGGAUUGAACACUAUCUUUGUAUCUACUUCAUGAGGUAUUUAUGUCUUCCGAUUUUUUUUUCUUUUCUUGAUUAUAUUGGAAAAUAGAGCCCUGAAAAGGAACAAACUUUACGCUAUUAAUUGGUUGUAGAUAAGGUUUUAUGAUCAUUUUUCAUGUUUCUGUAAAAAAAUUAUUUAUAUAUUUUAAACUUAUUUAUACUUUGAUACACAUUAGGAUGAUUCUGUGUGACUUUAUGGUACCCAACUGAACAAUGUAUGAGCACUGAAAUAGCACAUCAUUAAUGUCUGAAAUUUUUUUGUCCAAGAUGGAUGACACAUACACAAUAUUGUGCACCCCAUUUAUAUAAUUUCAUGCCUCAGAGUGUUCUGUCGGUCAGUCCAUAUCAUGUGUUGUUACUUCAAGUUUACUAGUGAGCCCAGUUUGUGUUUUACUACUAUAGUUGUCAUACUUCAGAGCACAGAUACAACUCUAGUAGUACUACAAGAUAAAGAUAUAUGUAGAUGAUUGUGAUCUAUAUUAUCCAUUGAGUUUAAUUAGACUUUGUGUUUGGUUCUGUUUCCAUUAACAUGGAAGUGAAGGAGUUGAUGUAAUUUACAUUUUUCUAGUCCUAUGUAAGAAUUUUCUUUUGUUUAAAAUAUGAAAUUAAGACUGUUGAUGUGGAUAUGAGUCUGUCAUUUUAUUAUCCAACAAAUUGACUGGGGUCAAGAACAUUAAAUUUCAUUCCAUUUCCCAUGGAUCCUGAUGUACUCCCUGCACUUACUCCACUGGUAAACUUUGAUGGAUCGGUCAUACUAGAUGAGGACAUCAUUUGCUGAUUGAGUUGAUUUGGAUCGAAGCUAGCUGAUCCACCACUACCUCCUCCAGAGGUGCUGCCACUACCAGAUCCACCACUACCUCCUCCAGAGGUGCUGCCACUACCAGAUCCACCACUACCUCCUCCAGAGGUGCUGCUACUUCCACCGCUACUUGAACCACCUCCGCUGGAAGAAGAGCUACCUCCCAUCAUGUUGCUUGGCGACAUCUGACUUGAUCCACCACUUCCACUUGAUCCACUUCCAGAUGAAGAUCCAGUCAUUGAUGGAGAACUUCCUCCACUUCCACUCAUCAUAUAACUUGGUGACAUCAUUUGAUUGGAACUGCCUCCUGAUGAUCCACCACUCGGACUUGAAGAUCCACCACUGGUUCCCAUAUUCUGCAUAAAUUGGGCUGGAUCAAUUUUGUUUUUAUCAGGACUGUUAAUUUCAUUUGGAUCAAAGCUCCCAGAGUUACUACUGCUUCCCCCUCCAGAGCUGCUACCGCUGCCCCCACUACCUCCAGAACUUCCACCCAUCAUACUGCUUGGCGACAUCAUCUGGCUUGAGCCACCUCCAUUGGAACCCGAAGAUCCUCCCAUAGAUGAUGAACUUCCUCCGGUCAUCAUAUUGCUUGGUGACAUUUGACUAGUACUGCUUCCUGAUGUUCCGCUUCCAGUAGAAGUACCAGAUGAACUACUCGCGCCACUUGAUCCUCCAUUCAUGUUCAUUCCUUGAGUCAUUGAAGACAUUUGUUGCAUAUUUUGGAGAUUUUGGUUGAGCAUGUUGUUGUUCAUUGUUGUUGGAUCAAAGCUGCUGCUGCUACCUCCAUUUCCACUGCUUCCACCACUGGUACUGCCUGGUUGUGUCUGUUGAGUCAUUUGAUUGUUGAAAGAAUUAGGAUUAAAGCUGCCUGUACUUGAUCCUGAACUCGAACUGCUUGAGGAUUGACUUCCACCACUUCCGGAUUGACUUCCACCACUUCCGCUUCCACUAUUCAUAUUUUGUUGAGCUUGUUGCAUCAUUUGGUUAUUCAAAGCAUUAGGAUCGAAGCUGCUGGAACUUCCACUAGAUCCGGAACUGGAGCCACUCGAGGAGGGUUGACUUCCGCUAUUACUACCACCUGCAUUGUUCAUGUUCUGUUGAGCUUGUUGCAUCAUUUGAUUAUUUAGUGAGUUUGGAUCAAAAUUGCCCAUUGGUGAAGCACCUGAGGAAGUUGAUGAAGAACCAGACAUCAUUUGAUUUGGAUUGAAGCUGUUGCUAGAACCACCAGAACCACUGCUAGAACUGCUCCCUGGUGAUGAACUGCUGGAACUCGACGAUGAACUGCUGGAACCGCUUGACUGCAUGAACUGUUGAGCUUGCUGCAUUUGUUGCUGGAAGAGAGCAUUUGGGUCGAAACUUCCGGAAAUGCUUCCACCGCUAGCUCCCGAUUGUGAAGAUCCGGAAGAACCUCCGCUGCUUCCACCUGAAGGGCUUGCGGGGUUACUUCCUCCUGGGGAUGCUACAUUGUUUGAGGACCCAGCAAGAAACGACUGAGCUGCCUGUGACUGUUGUUGAUAGAUGGCGUUGGGAUCGAACGAAGCUCUCUUGAACGCUGAAACAGGCACGUUUUUUUUAUUAAUUAUCGUUACAAAUGACGGAAUUUGCUAAGACCAUAAGGAUGUACAUUUCGGAGAAAUAUAACAAAUUCAGAUACACUUUUUAUAAAUAUUUUGACUUUCGAAACAACUGUCCGUUAUAUAACUCACUGCCAAAUGUGUAGCUAAGAAGCACCUAUUUAUAUGUAGUAAAUGGACUGACUUCUAGUCUAUAAAUCACUAUGCAGUAGCGUUGGGACAUACCUUGCAUUGCGAGUGGUAUAUAAUCGUUUUAUUAAUAAAGGGUUUCGCACCAAAUUAUCUGAUGUUACCAAUUGACAUGGUAAGUCUAGAUGAUUAGAGGAUAUUCAAGUUUUGAGUAAAAUAGUCUCGAACGGUGAUCGUAUUGAAAGAUUGAAAUGGAUUAUCUUACAUUUAGAAUAACUGUAUUUGAAAAAUAAAUCAUUUAGAAAAGGCGCGCUUGGAAUAUUACCAAACUUUUUUUGUUAUGGUAUUUAUCAAUGCCGUGUUUAAUAGGUAACACCAGACUAGUAAGAGUCUUAAAACAUUCAAGUUUAUGGCUAUAAUGCUAUUUGUCAAAAUCAGAUUGAUUCCGUGUAUGAAGGUUAUGUUGUUUUUGUAUCACACGUGGUCUCGGUCACGCGAGUUGUAUUUGUUAUAAUAACAAGAGUAUUUUAAUGAUUAAUUGUUCACGGAAGCAUGAAGGUACAAAAGCGAAUAUCUGCUAACGAAGCAAAGAAAACAUCCAACACGAAUCCAAAAGUCGGCGCACAGAUAAUAAUUUUGAGAGAAUAGAGACAAAUCAUACACAUACAUGGAGAGACAAUCACACACAUACAUGGAGAGACAAAUCAUACACAUACAUGGAGAGACAAUCACACACAUACAUGGAGAGACAAAUCAUACACAUACAUGGAGAGACAAAUCAUACACAUACAUGUAGAGACAAUCAUACACAUACAUGGAGACAAAUCAUACACAUACAUGGAGAGACAAAUCAUACACAUACAUGGAGAGACAAUCAUACACAUACAUGGAGACAAAUCAUACACAUACAUGGAGAGACAAAUCAUACACAUACAUGGAGAGACAAAUCAUACACAUACAUGGAGAGACAAAUCAUACACAUACAUGGAAAUCAAAACAAAAGGAAACCUCAAGAACAUAACACUUGAUAGUAACAUGUCAAAAACAAAUUUGAAUAUCAAAUGUAAAUAACAGCGUGUAGAUAACAAUACGAGUGAAAAUAAAAAAAAAAACACCACUUUCCCUGAAGAAACGAGCAGGAUUAUUAUGUCCAAUUAGAUAAACAAUACGUAUUACUCGGUUAUAUACGACUUUGAUAUUCAAGUAAAAUUUCAGAAUGUAGAUUGUGAUAUUCCUGUUAAAUAUUAUAUAUGCCAGGAGGAUUUUUAUCUCUGAGUCUGAAACAGAGGCCAAUUAAGACAUGACACAGAAAAAUUCAUUAAAUAUCAUUUAGUAAGUAAGAAGUCCACACCAGUUUACAGGAUUACCUGGGAGUGCGUUACAGCAUGCAAUGUAAAUGAGCACUAUGCCGAGAAUCAUGUUGGUGACCUGAUGGAAGUCGCGCUUGUGUAAGGAACAGUGCAAAGUGGACGGCACUGUUGACCAGGUCAACGUUUAGGUCAGCGCUUUAUCUACUGGACAUACAACCUUUUAAUCGUCCAAAUAUCGGUCUAAUCGAUUGCAUGGCAUAACAUCUGCUCCCCAUCUGUCGAGAUGCAAUGAUGUCACGAAUAGGUCAUCACCUAAUAAUUAAGAUACUAUGUAUUUACAGUGCCUGUUUUCAUUAUCACAGUAACAAGUUUUCAAUACGAACUUCGCAGAUAUGUUUUUAUUCUGCUUGUGAAUAGUGUGGCAUCAAAAGGACGAAACAGCAUACUGUUUUGCUCUUUCUUAAGAAUCUGUUGUCUUUCAUUUAUAGAAAUAAACAAUGAUGCAGGU